ACAAUUAAAACGGCCAGUCUUAAAACCGUUCUCAGUUUAAUCCGCACGACUCCCAACGUCUCGCGAUCCCUUACCUUUUCCUUAACUUUUCACGAGAAUAAAAUUAACGACGACGCGAUUAGAAAAUCUUUCGUUCCCGUAAUCAAGGAGCGAGAAUACGUACCGCUGAUCGUUUCGUCGAGAGAAAGAAAGAGAAAAUUCGUUUCACCGGCAGUUCCUACUUCGUAUACAUAUAUGCGCUACGUCAGGAAAACGAGCAAGAUCAUACAAUUGCAAUUUCGUACGUUUUUGCUCGGGACGCGUGACUAGCCUACGCGAAAAAGAAAAUUUAUCCUCGCGUAAGCGGAAUCGAGGAACUGGAGCUGAUUCGUUGCUCGUCAUCCUCGACAGGCAAGAGGGAUUCGAAAAAAUGCGGCCACGUCUGUUCGUGCUCUUCCUCUUUCUGUCGGCCUCGUCGGCGGAGCAACGACGAACCGAUGUAGCCGAGGACAAUUGCGAGAACGAUCGGCCGUUCUUACUUCAUUACUUUUCCUGGGCCGAUUACGCGGUUCUCGGCUCGAUGCUACUCGUAUCCUGCAUGAUCGGCACCUUUUACGGUUUCUUCGCGAAGAAACAAGAAACCAGCGAGGAUUUUCUACUUGGUGGCUCCACCAUGGGCACUUUUCCCAUGGCCAUGUCCCUAGCCGCGAGUUUUAUCACGGCCAUCGAGCUCCUUGGGAAUCCUGCGGAGAUGUAUGCCCAGGGCACUCAGUUUUGGAUGACGUGCCUGGCGUUUGUUUUAGUGGUACCGAUCACUUCUUACCUCUAUCUGCCAGUUUACAUGAAGCUCAGGUUGACCUCGAGUUACGAGUACUUGAAUUUACGCUUCGAUCGACAUUGUAGACUGCUCGCAAGCGGAUUGUACAUGCUUCAAAUGAUUUUUUAUACGUCAGUCGCCGUUUACGCGCCGGCGUUAGCUUUAAGUCAUGUCACAGGCCUUAAUACUUACAUAGCCGUUACUCUAGUCUACUUAGUCUGCAUAUUUUACGCCUCACAGGGUGGUAUGAAAGCUGUAAUAAUGGCCGACACGUUUCAAGCAGCCGUUCUCCUAGGAUCUCUCUUCCUUAUAGUCGGCUUAGGUUUAUCCUGGGCAGGUGGAAGUUCGCUCGUCUGGGAAGACAAUCGAAAAAGCGGAAGGAUGGAGAUAUUCAAUAUGGAUCCGAGUCCAACGGUGCGACACAGCUUUUGGAGCGUCGUCGUCGGUGGUACUUUCUAUUGGACCACCAUGUAUUGCAGUAAUCAGGCUUCCGUCCAAAAGUAUCUCAGCGUUUCGAGCAUCUCUCAGGCCAGAACGGCCUUGUGGGUUUCCAGUUUCGGAAUGAUCGUAAUAUACACGAUCAAUUUCUUAACGGGCAUGGUACUAUAUAGCGCUUACAAAGACUGCGAUCCGCUUUCGGCCCACUACAUAACCGGCUCCGACCAAAUACUGCCCCUAUACGUGAUGAAUCACUUGGGCAGCCUUCGCGGUAUGCCCGGUCUCUUCGUCGCUGGUAUCUUCGCAGCAUCCUUGGGAACGGUCGCAAGUGCUUUGAACUCCUUGGCCGCGAUCACGUGCGAGGACGUUCUUCAAGGACUUUUCAACAUGGAGUUACCAGCACGGAAGGGAGCGACUUACGCGAGAUGGAUCAGUAUAUUUUUCGGCGUCUUUGGCUUCGCUCUCAUCUUCGUCGUCGAACGUCUCGGUAGCGUUCUCCAGGUCGCUCUGUCUUUCAAUGGUAUGGUGGGCGGAGUUACCCUGGGAUUAUUCUCUUUGGGGAUGUUCGUACCGUGGGCCAAUGCCAAGGGAGCCAUGUCAGGUGCCCUCGCCGGUCUGACGAUAGUUCUGUGGAUCGGAUUAGGAGCUCAGAUCGCUAUUAUCAACGGCCAGAUUCGUCUGGAGAGUAAGCUCGUCUCGACGGAGGGCUGUACGUGUUUAAACGACACGAUACCGACGACGAUCGCGUCGACCGACCUUCCCGAGGGAAGCAAAGAUUUCGAGAUAUCUUCCGUUUACAGGACGAGCUAUCUCUGGUAUAGCGCUAUCGGUUGCAUUCUGACGAUGGUAGUGGGUUUCGUAGUCAGUCUCUUUACCGGCCUACAAAAUCCGGCAGAACUCGAUCAGGAUCUUCUCAGUCCACCGAUCGCAGCCAUAUUUCGUUUGCGAACGAAGACACGAGCGAACAGGAACGUUCAAGGUGUUGCGAACUUUGGCCUGGAACUCGACGAUGAGAAAGCGGACACUCGUAAGAGUCCGAUGUGAUCGUCUUCGUCUUACUAGGAACGUUAACGCGAAGAUAACGGUCUUACGCGUACCGAUAAUAUUUGUAUAGAUUUUCUUGAUCGCGGGACGAGUCACUCGGGUCAUUGCUCGGUUACAAGGAUAACGCGUGGCUUGUUCGAACAUUUAUUAACAAAAAACAAAAGGAAAAGAAAAAAGAAAAAAGGAGCGAAAAAGGAGAGGAAAGAAAAAAGAAAAAAGAAAAAAAAAAAGCAAGACUUUAGGAAUCUAGUGACUUCAACCUGUUAUUGA